CUCUGUACACAAAAGAGUUCCAAGGUGGUUCAAGUCACUUUGCAUUUCAAGUUUUGAAUGAAUGGACUUGAUAGAAGAAAAAAUCGAAUUACCUCGUGGUCCAAAUGGACUUGGGUUCAAUAUUAGAGGUGGAAUUGAUGUACCUCAUUUGAAGAAUGACCAUGGAAUAUUUGUGACAAAGAUCAGGGAUAUUGGUACAGCAUAUGAAGAUGGAAGAUUAAAAGAAGGAGAUAAAAUAUUAGAGGUAAAUGGGGAGGAUUUAAGAAAUGUUAGUCAUAAUGAGGCUGUGCAGGUAUUCCUGAAGGCAGGGGCAAAAGUCAAAAUGCUGGUACAACACAAUGCUGAGGCAUUUUACAAGAAUAAAUUAAGGGAAUUCGAACGUCUAGAUAAAAUAAUAAACCAAAAAGAAAAGGAUGUAACUGAAAACAGUAGUUCAUCUCUGAUAUGGACAGCUCUAGGUGUUUCUGUGGUUGUAAUAGCCGGUAGUUUGUUCUUUGCCAAGAAAUAUAAUAAACUGCCUGAUUUGUGGAAUAUUAAACUACCAGCAUCUUGGUCAUCUUAAUAGACUUUUGAUUGUUUAAUUCAACAGUAUCUAACUUAAUGGUUGUUAAUGCAGAGUAAUAUUUCAAAAGUUUAAUGAAGUUAGUUCGGAUGGAACUGACGUCUUUACAAAGAAUGCAGUUUACCUGAUGAAUAAUCAGUGAAUAGUUGAGUUAUAACUACACUUAUACUGUAGAUGGUGUAAAAUUGUAUUUAGUGCAUUGUGUUUUGAGUUUUCUGAUGAAAAAGAGAGAAAGCAAGAAAAAAAAGAUCUCAUUAAUAUACAAAUUCAAAUCAUAAGAUCAAAUUCAUUUCUUGUUCUUCUUAUUUAGAUAUUUUUGCAAGCAUUUUAUUUUUGAAUAUCUGAUUAUACUACCAUCCAUGAGUAUCCACUGCCACACAGCAAUAGCAUAUUUAUAAGUUUGUAUUUUGAAUUUUAUUUAAAAGAAAUGAAUAGUAUGUACAAAUAUUAUCAUGUAAAAAGGUUAGAUCGUUCAUAGAGGUUUUCUCUAUUCUUCUUUAAUAUCAUUUACAUGUAUGUAUUUAGACUUAAGUUUCACAUUAUCAGUAAGAGUUUUUGCAGAAUAUUGAAGCAUAUGCAUGUUUGCAAAUGAAAAAAGUUAAUUUGUAUAUAGGUUAUUGAAUGCAUUGAUUACUGUGAUCUGUCUGUUUUAUGCUCAAAGCAAUUAUUUUUUAUACAGAUUGAAUAAGUCUUAAGACUUUUAUUUUUAUUUUUUUGUGAUUUUGCAAUACAGAUUUGCUUAUUUAAGGCAUUUUUUUAAGAGGUCAUUACUUUAAUUAAAAUGUAGUAAAGAAAGGGGUAACUGCAUACCAUACUUUAAAUGCCAUUCAAGACACAUAAAUAAAGUAAUAUUUACUUAUAAAACAUGCUGUUCAGAAAACUUAACUUUUUUCAUAUUACUUGAAAUAAAUAGAUAUAUGUGUAUAUUUUAUUGUGGAGUUAUACUUACACUGUAAAGUGGUUUUUCAUGGCAGUUUAAAUUUCCUGAUUUCAAAGUUCAAACCAGUUCAUUUUUUUCUUGUCUCGUAUUCUGAUAUAUUCAAUAUUUCUUAAAGAUCAAUUUUACACUAGGGGAUAGUUUCAAGAUUCUAUCUAAAUUGCGAAAUUGGCAAAACAUUUUCCAUAUUUACAGUAAAGGAUUUUCUAUAUAUCAAUUUUCAUUCAGAUAAAUAUAGAGUACAUAGGGAUGAGCACUAUUUGGGGUUUUUAAUAAUUAAAACCUUAACAUGCAUGUAUCUUGUAACAAUUAUGUAUGUCUAAUUAAUGUGAAGUGGUCAUAAAAUGGAAAAAGAACACAUAGAAGACAGAAUGAGAAUGGACUCCUAGGAUCAAAACUAAUGUUAGAUCCUUUUUUUGGCAGAAAAUCAUUUUACAGUUCUUCAUCUUGAAUUUAAGUUUACCUCAAGAUAUAUCUUUUUACUGAAUAUGACAUUUCAUGAGGGAAAAUAAUAAAAGUUUUACCUAAUGACCUGUAGCAGGGAAAUAAUUUGAAAGUUAAAAUGAAAAUUGAAAAAAAAAAAUUAUAUUACAAGGAACAAAUUAUUUAAAUAAAUGUUCUUUAUAUACAAGUAUUUGAUAUUUUGUUUACCAUAAAAACUUCAAAUAAUUAUGGUAAUCUAUUAAGGAUGUACUCAGGUCAGGUUUAUGAAUUUUUGUCAGAUGUUCGGACUUCUUGGUUUUUUUCACUCCAAUACAGGGUAAAAUAUUUUGCCCCAUAUCACCCACUUUUCUUUUCAUAGAAGACUUAAAUAGCUCAUAAAUAGGUCAUUACAAAAAUUUAAGCAGAUUCUAGAUUUUUUUUCUUACGAAUUGAGAGCCAAAUAAUGCUUAUGCUAAAUAUAAGGUAAAAGUCCGAGUCAGCCUUUUCCCGCCAUUUUUUUUAAAAUCAAAUAUCCCAAAAAAGGAGUUCCAAAACCUAUCAAUAUUUUUAGCUUAUUUUGUUCCUUUCCUUUACUAAUGCUCUUCUGACUUAUAGUAUCAAUUUUAAAUUCUAAUUUUUUUUAAUUUCACCUAAGUACAUUCUUAAGUGCUUAUAUUUAUAUAUAUAUAUAUAUAUAUAUAUGAAUAUCUAAAUUACAUAUAAUCCUUAGUAUCAAUUGCAUAUCGUGUUUAUUUCUUCACCGUCAACCUAAAUAACAAUAUGUAAAUACAAUAUAGAUUUUACAAAAUACUGUAAAAACUCAUUUUAGACAAGUCAGCACAAUUUUGCUUAUAUUUUUCUAUAAUUGGUAGCUUUCUCUAAUACAUAUCAUUGUUUUUGUUAAAUAUGUAUUUAAAAAUUGAAUUAUUAUAUUUUUUGUUUGAACUUCAUAUGCUCUAUUUGAUAAUCUGCUAAUGCUAAUACAAUUUUUUUUUAUGUAUUUGUUGUCAAUCCACAUUACUUUAUUGCUAAUAGAGUAGGCAUCUUCAUUUUCAAUGGCUUUAAAAUAAAUAUUUCAAUUAAACACAGAGAUUUUUUAAGUAUUAAACAGAUUCUUCCAUUUAAUGACUCCCCUACGGACGAAGUCGAAAGGUGACUUUAGGUUUGUACUCCAAACGUCUGUCUGCCUGUCAGUCCGGCAAAUCAGUUUUCCACACUUUUUUUUCUUAGUGCUUGAAGAUAUUGAUUUGAUAUUUGGUGUAUUGUUUUAUCAUGACAAGUUACAGAUCAAGUUCAAAUUUUGUUCCGAUCUGAUGAUUUUGUGCAGAGUUAUUGUCCUUGGACUUAGGAAAUUACUCAAAUAAUCAAUUUUCCACACUUUUUUUGUCAAGCUUGAAGAUAUUGAUUUGAUAAUUGGUAGAUAGUUUUAUCUUGACUAGUUACAGAUCAAGUUCGAAUUUUGUUCAGGUCUGAUGAAUUUGUGCAGAGUAAUGGUCCUUGGACUUAGAAAAUUCACUUAAAUAAUUAGUUUUCAACACUUUUUUUCGUCAUGCUUGAAGAAAUUAACUUGAUAUUUGUUAUAUAGUUUACACCAUGACAAGUUAUAGAUCAAGUUAGCAUUUUGUUCCAAUACAAUGAAUUUUUAACCAGUAGGGGACUAUGUAUUGCCAUGCAAUACUCUCAGAAUGCUUGUUUUCUUUUUUGCUUAAGGUUAAAUUUUUAAAAGAUCACGGCUAUGAAAAAAGAGACUUUUAAAAUUUUAGAACCUUUGAGUCAGAUUUUACAGUGAGUACUUAAAGCUAAUUAAUGAGCAGUUAUAAGCUUAUAUUACAAUUACAUUUUUUUCUACUGAUAAAAACCAUAAGCCUUUGACUAUAGGUUGUGAAUCUAGUUCAGCAAUGAUCAAUUCAUAUGACAGUAAAACAAAAUUUGGACCCUACAUUAUAAAGUUUAUUGAUAAAUUUGUACAUCCACAAACUUGAGGGGGGUCUCUCUCCUUCAAGUCUCAUUAAUAUUCCAUGACAUUCAUCAUGUUUUCUUUCCAUAUGUUUUAUGUAUUUGUAGGUAUAUUAUUGAGUAAAAAUAAGAUUAAUUGUAAUUUUCAUUUAAGGUAUAAUAGUUCUUAAUAUCUGAAAUGUUUGUAUUUUUGUAGAGAUGUAGGUGAAAAAAAAAAUCCUGUCGUUUCUUUGCUAAUUUGGAUGAUGUAAAUGUUCAUUCUACUGUUAGAACCAGUAUGUUAACAAAAAUCUGGGGGUUUAUUUCCAUCAGAAAGAAAAAUGUCUCCUUUUGAUAGCCAUCUGAAAAUGAAUUUUGCUUCUAACCCAAUAGUUUUCAAAAAACAAGGUUGUAGCGAUGAUUUUAAAAAAUGUUGGAAAUUCAGACCUUUCCAUCAUUAAAAUUUGCCUUAUUGGGAUGGCUUUAGCCACAAGUUGCGAAAUAUCACACCUGAAAAUAUUGAUAUUGCUUAUUCAAAAUUCAAAUAAAUUCAACAAGGUUCAAAAUUGGGGGAAUAUUUUAGCAUUAUGUUCCUUCCUAGUUACAUCUCUUUUAUUAGUACUAAUUGCAAUGCAUUGUAUUUAAGAUUUAAUGUAUAUUCAGGAUAUGUUAAUGAGUAGUGAUUCUGGGAUGUCAGGAAGUAGUAUUUUUCAGUACUGUACUAUAAUCGAUAUUAAUUAUACAUUUUUACUCAAAGGUUUGCAAUAGUGAACUUAGUUUCUAAUGGAAAAUUUCAGAUAUAAAGACUGAUUAUAAAUAGUUAUAUUCUGUUCAGUUUUGUUUGUUAUGCAAUAUUUUGUUCUCCAGGGAUCAUAUCGUUAUGUUUUACCUGUAUUUGCCUCAUGGUUGUUCUGUUUAAAUAUAUUGUACAAUAAAGAUAAGCACUUACCAAUACCAU